ACGUGAAGCCGGAUCGGCCGCAGUUGGGCGACGACACACUCGCGUAGAGAGUGUCGCGUGUGCGUGACUCGUGGUUUUUCGUCCACUUCAUGAGAGCGAGCGACUGAACUCAUCGAAAUUCCGAGUCGGCCGAGACAGACAUGGCGAGUUGCAGGCUCUUCGGCGCCCUGGCGCGCCUUUCCCGCUCCAAUCUGAACUUCGCUUCGAAACGCACAGGUUUAUAUCAACCUUUAAGAACACUAGCAACCGAGGCAAAUAGGAAACAUUUUAAAUGUAAAAUUGUGAACGAUGUAGCGGUCAUUACCAUCGAUUCACCAGGUGUCAAGUUAAACACCUUGAACACAGAAGUAAUGGCGGAAGUAGAACAGUUGCUGACUGAAAUUCAAUCAAAUUCGCUUGUAAACGCUGCAGUUCUAAUUAGCGGCAAAGAAAACAAUUUUAUAGCUGGUGCGGACAUUCCUAUGUUACAAGCUAUCAAGGAUGCGGAAGGCGGAUACCGACUGACGAAGGAGGGUCAUAGAAUUCUGGAUCUAAUAGCAAACAGUAACAAACCGAUUGUUGCUGCUAUUCAUGGCACGUGUCUUGGUGGAGGUUUGGAGGUCGCAUUAGCGUGUCAUUACAGACUCGCCGUUAACGAUAAACACACCAGAUUAGGAUUACCAGAAGUAAUGCUUGGCCUCCUUCCUGGUGGCGGUGGUACUCAGCGUUUGCCCCAACUGGUUUCCCUUCCUAACGCUCUAGAUAUGAUACUCACUGGUAAAAUGCUUAAAGCUGACAAAGCGAAAAAAUUCGGACUAGUGGAUCUCGUGGUGAAUCGUCUCGGUCCAGGAAUCGAAACGCCCGAACAAAAUACAAUAAGAUAUUUGGAAGAAACUGCAGUGAAAGCUGCACAGGAUCUUGCGAAUGGGAAACUGAAAGUUGAACGUGGUCCAAAGUCUCUCGUAGACAAGAUAACACAACAGGUUCUAUCUUUCAAUUUCGUCAAAGAUCAGAUAUUCAAGAGAGCAAAGGCUCAGGUGAUGAAAGCAACGGGUGGUUUAUAUCCUGCACCUCUUAAAAUCUUGGAAGUUGUGAGAACCGGUUUAGAUAAGGGUCCGGUCGUCGGAUUCGACGCUGAAGCCAGGGGAUUUGGUCAGCUAGCGGUUACACCGGAGUGUAAGGGUCUCACCAGCUUGUUCUUCGGCCAGACAGCUUGUAAAAAAAAUCGUUUCGGCCCGGCCAAGAGUGCAGUCAAAAAAAUUGCUGUAGUCGGCGCCGGCUUGAUGGGCGCAGGUGUUGUCCAAGUUAGCAUCGACAAAGGUUACGAUGUGAUUAUGAAGGACACCAACCAGUCUGGACUCGCUCGUGGCAUAAACCAGAUUCAAAAAGGCCUAGAUGGUGCUGUGAAGCGUAAACGAAUGUCCAGUGUGGAGAAGGAUAAAUUUCUCUCGCAUCUCGACGCGACAUUAGAUUAUAAUUCCUUCAAAGAUGCCGAUAUAGUGAUUGAAGCAGUAUUCGAAGACAUCGGCAUUAAGCACAAGGUCCUAAAGGAGAUUGAAUCUAUAGUGCCGAAUCACUGCAUUAUCGCAAGCAACACGUCUGCGAUUCCCAUCACAAAGAUUGCUGCUGGUAGCAGUCGUCCUGAUAAAGUGAUUGGCAUGCACUAUUUCUCUCCUGUUGACAAAAUGCAAUUGCUAGAAAUUAUAACGCACAAAGGAACAUCUGAGGAAACUAUCAGGACUGCUGUAGAUGUCGGUUUGAAACAAGGCAAAACCGUCAUCACAGUCGGUGACGGUCCCGGAUUCUACACCACAAGAAUACUUUCCGCUAUGUUGGCAGAAGCAAUUAGACUGAUGCAAGAAGGUGUAGAUCCAGUUCACUUGGAUAAGCUAACGAAGACAUUCGGUUUCCCUGUCGGCGCAGCUACUUUAUCCGAUGAAGUCGGUAUUGAUGUGGGUGCUCACAUCAGCGUCGAUCUCGACAAAGUUUUGGGCGAGCGUUUUAAAGGAGGAAAUGUGAAUAUUCUUGGCGACAUGGUCAAAGCUGGUUUUCUCGGACGCAAAUCUGGUAAAGGUAUAUUCGUGUAUGAAGCCAACUCUAAGAACAGGGAAGUAAAUCCCGGCGCGUUGGACAUUUUGAAGAAAUACACACUCGAGCCUAAAGGUAGCACAUCCGACGAAGACCGUCAACUGAGGAUGGUCUCGCGAUUCGUCAACGAAGCGGUGCUUUGCUUGGAAGAAAAUAUUCUAGCUAAUCCUUUGGAAGGCAACGUAGGAGCUGUGUUUGGCUUGGGUUUUCCGCCCUUCACGGGUGGUCCGUUCCGUUGGGUGGACGCAUAUGGUGCUCAUCGACUCGUCAAGAAGAUGGAAGAGUUCCAGAGUCAUUACGGCGAGUGUUUCAGACCAUGCAAAUUAUUAUUCGACAUGGCGGCCGACUCUACGCGAAAAUUCCACCCGCAAUAAAAGUUUUAUAGGAAUUUAUAAUGGCAUCGAUUAACUUUCAUCCGAGAGAGAUAUACUAGCUUUAUACUAGUUCGCUUCAGAAGGAGGAAAGUUUCUUGAAAUAAGGUAUGAGAGUUAACUCUGUUAUCAUGCAACUCAAUUUAGGAUUUGCAUCUGUUAUAUCUCGUGUGUACACAUUUUUUACACUUGAAAUAGCUAAAAGAAUAUUUUUGUUUCUUAAUAUUUAUAAGAUUAAUAUAUUUUUUUCA